UCCGGCGAUAAAUUCCGAUAAAGACCGUAAGAACACGACUUUGACAUUUCUUCCUUGAAUCUUCGCACCUUCAGUUUGCAGGGUGGCAGUUCGGUUGUCACCUUCGCGUGUGGAAACUUUCUCUUCCAUGACACCCCAAACAGAGUGCUGCUGAUUCUUCGCCUCGCCGGAGUGGAAACAACGGGAGCCCCUUUCCUCCUCCGUCCGUCCGUCCACACCGCCGGGGUGGCCGCAUCGCCAUUAAUUAGAACCAACGCACACCGGGCAGCAGGUCGAUCGAGGGCCGCUAGCCAUGGCGGCGGCAGGGAUCCUGGUGAGCGCGUCCACGUGGGCCAUGGGGUCCCUCCUGCUGAAGCUGGGCGCCAUGCUGGGCGACGAGUACAGGCUGCUCAGGGAGGUCCGCGGCGACGUCAGGCUCCUCCAGGACGAGCUCGAGGCCAUGCACGCGUUCCUCCUGAGGAUGUCUCGGGUCGAAGAUCCAGACGAGCAAGCGAAGCUCCGGGCCAAGGCGGUGCGGGAGAUGUCCUACGAGAUCGAGGACCGCGUCGACAAGUUCAUGCGCCUGGUGGACCGACCCGACGAGUCCGGCGGCGGCGGCAUCCUGAAGCUCAUCGGGGAUUGGGGGAAUUUGUUGACGGAGAUGAAGACACGCCGUAGGAUCGCCAAGGAGGUCAGAGGCAUCAAGGGCCAACUCAACCAAGCGAGCGAGAGAUACGAGAGGUAUAAGAUUGACGAGUCCUCUUUGGAGCCUAGAAAUGCAAAAGUUGAUCCUCGAAUUGUGGCAGUUUUCAGAGAUGCAUCAGAGCUUAUCGGCAUUGAUGGGCUAAGAGAUGACCUUGUGAAGUGGAUGAGCAACGAGGAUCAUGAUUCGACAAAUGGGCUAAAAGUUGUCUCUAUUGUCGGAUACGGGGGUUUAGGCAAGACCACUCUUGCAAACCAGGUUUACCACAAGCUUGGAGCCAACUUUGAGUGCAAGGCUUUUGUGUCGAUUUCACGAAAUCCUGACAUGACAAAGAUUUUAAAUUUUAUAUUUUCUCAAAUCCAUAACAAAGGAGAGGCGCAUACUGGAACAAGGGAUCCACAACUCAUCAUUAAUCGUAUCAGAGAAUUCCUCAAAGAUAAAAGGUACUGUAUCAUAAUCGAUGAUAUAUGGGACAUACCAACAUACAAAAUUUUGGCAUGUUCAUUUGUUGAGAACAGCCGUGGCAGUAGAGUAGUGACCACGACACGAAUAUAUGAUGUAGCUAAAUCAUGUUGCUCAUCUGAUGGGGAUCUGGUCUACAACAUCAAGCCGCUUGGUGUCCAUGACUCAAAGAAGUUAUUUUUCAACAGAACAUUUGGUUGCGAAGAAAAGUGCCCUCCUAACCUGAAAGAAGCCUCAGAGGAUAUUUUGAAGAAAUGUGGUGGUUUACCACUGGCCAUCAAUGCCAUAUCUGGGUUGCUGGUUACCAGGAAAACAAAAGAAGAGUGGAAUCAUGUGCGAUGUUCUAUAAUUGGGUUUGCACAAGGCAAAAAUUCUGAAGUUGAUGCCAUGAACUACAUAUUAUUUUUGAGCUACUUUGACCUUCCACUCUAUCUCAGAAGUUGCCUGCUGUACUUGACUAUGUUUCCUGAAGAUUACAAGAUCGAAAGGCAGCGGUUAGUACAUAGAUGGAUUUCUGAGGGCUUCAUCCGUGGUGAAAAUGGGGAAGAUCUUGCUGAAUUAGCGGAGACAUAUUUUCACGAGCUCAUUAACAGAAGUUUGAUACAGCCAGUGGACAUAGGGUAUGAUGGUAAGGCACCGUCUUGUCGAAUCCAUGACACUAUCCUUGAUUUCCUCAUUCACAAAGCUGUUGAAGAGAACUUCUGCACUCAGCUACGUAACAAUUUAAAGCCCUGUGACAGAAUUCGUAGGCUCUCCCUGAUGGGAAAUGAAGAUGAAAGAAUCAUCGAACAGUUAGAUUUAUCACAUGCUCGGUCGCUUGGUGUUUUUGGGCAUAACCAGAGAUUACCUUCUCCUUCAAGGUUGAAAGCUCUGCGUGUGCUAGACAUAUGCAAUUGCCGUGGAUCAGGGAAUCAUCAUGUGAAAGAGAUUGUAAAACUUCUUCAGCUGAGGUACUUGAACAUUUCUGGAACACGUAUAAGCGAGCUCCCUAGGCAGAUUGGGGACUUGAAGUAUCUUGAGACACUAAAUGCGACAGUGGCACAGGAAUUGUCUGAGCUGCCAGAGUCAAUUACUCAACUAAAACGACUAGCGCGUUUGUUUGUUCCGAAUAAAACCAAAUUUCCUGACAGGAUUGCAAACAUGACGAACCUGCAAGAGCUCGGGAAUGUAAAUGCCUUCGUGCAAUCGCUGAACUUUCUUGAAGAGCUUGGAAAUCUGAGAAACCUGAGGAAGCUGAGCAUCGUAUGGGACACCAGUUGUAUCCUCAAAUUUGAUGAAGCAAGUUGCAAGGAGAAAAGGCUAGUGUCUUCCCUUUGUAAACUGGAGACAUGCAAGCUUCGCUUCCUCUGCAUCACAUUAUCUUUAAGAGAAAAUGAUGGCUUUGUAGGACAUUUGUUCGUCCCGGAUCUCAGCAGCAUCCGGGAGAUUAAUCUCUACCGGGGGAAAAUAUGCUGGAUCACCAAAUGGCUUAUUUCACUUGUCAACUUGGAAAAAUUGUCUGUCAUUCGUGAGGAGAUAGAGCUGGAGGAUCUUGAGAUGCUCGGAAGCAUAGCUACCCUGGUCGAGCUCGUGUUGUACUCUGGCUGUCUAGGGCCUGCCACCAUCACCAGCAGAGGAUUUGAACAGUUAGAGAGGCUUAGGUUCAACUUUGGUGUUGCGGGUUUGAUGUUUGAAGUGGGCGCAAUGCCGAAUCUCAAGAAGCUUGACCUCCAGAUUUACCUGUCCAAGUUCAAUCCGGUUGGUACUACCAGCAAUGGUUUCGAUUUUGGCAUCCAGCACCUUUCCAGUCUUGCUUGGCUCCGUGUCACAUUGUACUGCAUUGGCGCGAGAGCUGCAGAUGUGGAGGCAGCGGAGAUCGCCUUUGAGAGCAUGGCCGAGGCACACCCCAACCGCCCCAAGUUGGAGAUGAUGAGAUUAUUCCAAGGGGACAUGUUACAGGAUGAUUUGUGAAAAAAGGGGCCUAAUCUGCGUAGGAAGCUUGCUUAUAUGUGUUCCAGAAAUGUUCAAGUACCUCAGCUGAAGAAGUUUGACAACAUCUUCAAAUGAUGAUACCUUGAUCCACGGCAAUUGCUUAUGUCUAGCGCACACACACAGAGCUUUCUACCUUGAAAGAGAAGUUAAUCUCUGGUUAUGCCCCGAAACAGCCGCUCGAUGGUUCUGUCAUCUUCAUUUCCCACCAGGGAGUCUGUCACAGACUCACGGGGCCUUGAAUUGCUGCGUACAGAGUGCAGAAGUUCUCUUCAACGGCCUUGCGAAUGAGAAAAUCAAUCAUGGACUCGAGUCGACACAAUGCUGCCUAUGUCCACAGGCUGCGCUCGCCCUCGUUCUGCAGUUGAUUUCGGAAUCGGAAUUCGCUCCCCAAUUGGUUUCGGAUGGAGUAACUGUUGGCGAUCCGGAGGAUUAUAUUGAAAGCCACGCGAAAAUCAAAUCCAAAAGAAGCCUUGUUUGUUGGGGUUGGCCGGGUAUAGAUGGGACAGAUUGAGACCAAGACGACGACCAUGGAGGAAGAAGACGGGGAGGACAUCAUCAGCCUUCUCCCCGACUGCGUGCUGGGCCACAUCGUGUCCCUCCUCCCGGUGAAGGACGCCGCCUCCACCAUGGCGCUCUCCCGCCGCUGGCGGCACCUCUGGCCGUCGCUGCCGCUCGACCUCGUCGUCUGCGGCCGCUCCCAAGCCCAAGGGCGGCUCAUCUCAGCCGUCCUCUCCUCCCGCUCCCACGGCGCCGUCCCCAUCCGCCGCUUCCACGCAUCCACCCUCAAAAGACGAGACGACGAUUGCCUGGCUCGAGGCCCUCGCGAGGCGGCGCGUCGACGGCAGCCUGGUGAUCCGGUUCGCCGACGGCGGGCCCCGACCGGUGCUCCCACGGGACCUCCUCCAGGCCAGCGCCGGCGCUGCCGCCGCCCUCCGCUGCCUCGACCUCCACCACUGCAUCCUCCACCCCCGCGCCACCGACGACGCGGGCCUGGGGAAGACCUUCUUCCCUUGCCUGGAAACGCUGCGCCUGUCCGGCGUCGUGAUCCCCGAGGCGGCGCUGCACCGCCUGAUCGCCGCCGGCUGCUGCCCGGCGCUGCAGGAGCUGCACCUCGCCUGGAUCUACCAGCUCCGCCGCUUCGCCCCCUGCUCCGCCACGCUCCGGAAGAUCACCAUCCAGCAGAAGUCGGACAUCCCUCCGCUGGAAGAGAUAUCCUUGAAGGGCACCCCUAGUCUCGAAAGCUUAUACCUCUUGCACGCUGAUGUCUGGCGGCUGUAUCCCGCCGUCAUUGACGAAGCUGCCAAGCCACCGCCGUCGGUUGUCCUUCAACUGCCGACGCUCAACUCGAGGUUCUUCAAGGUUAUGCCCAAGAGGUCCAUACCAAUCGUGACAACACUCGUUCUUAACAUCAAGUUCAGUGAUAGCAAUGAGCUGAGGAACGCUGCCCACAUCUUAAGCCUGUUCCCCUCUUUGCAAACUCUUCACAUUUGGUGCUUCAACUUCUUCGUCUCGGAUGAGGAUAAAAAUGCGGCGUCUGGAGGUCAGUGCCAAAUGCCGGCAGCUGGUACCAUUGCCUGCCUCAAUAAGCAUCUGAAAAAUGUGAUAUUGAAAGAGUAUUGUGGGUCUGAAUGGGAGGUGGGAUUUGCAAGGUUCCUUGUGGCUGGAGCAAAAGCUCUCACCACCGUGCAAAUAUCCGUCCAUUCUUCAGCUAACUGGAGUGUCAGCAACCACAAAGAUGUGAUAUGCAGAGGUGGCAAAGCCUCCCCUGAAGCUCAGUUUCAAUUCCAGAAGAGCGAGAACAGCGAAAAAAGUCUGAGAAAAUUUUAUACUUCAGUGCAUAGAGUUCCUAUCGUUUGACUCCGCAUGUACUUUGUAAGUUCAAAAGAAAACAUGUACUUUGUAACAUUAUUAUACCACAGGAAAACCAACAGAUUACAGAUAUGAUGCAACAUAUAUGCAUGUUGCUUUCUACAUUUA